GUUGGGUAAGACCCGCGCGCGAUUUGACAGUGUAUCACACUACUGACAGAGUUACUGUUGUUAGCGUCGUCAUUAACAGCCGGAUACUGCCAAUCCCAUUUACCUAUAACAACUAAGCAGGGAAACGCCGGGUCUAAGGCUGUUUUGUGGUGCUCUGCUUGGAUUUAAGCAAUACAUCGCCGGCAAAAUGCACAUUGAUCAAAUCACUUCAAGGAACGGACUGCUGACUAUCGUCCAGAUUGCGUUGGGCGUUGCGCUGUUCUCGCUGGCGUACCAUCUGCUUGGCGAACCCGUAAGAUGGAUGCAGAUGACUUCGUUCUUUUUUUACGCCAACGGAGCUUUAAUCCUGAUCUCGCUGGUCCUAUCUGGAGCCGGUACUGAGGGUACCUUCUACUUUAAGGUAUACCAUUUUGUCGCUCUGGUUCUUUACAUCGGUAUCCCGGUCUGGUCGAUCGUUAACAACGAUGCCAAAUCGAAUGACAAAGGAAAAUACUGGGGGACGGUUGCUUUGUCCUUCUUAGCAGCAUUCAUUCACGGAACCCACGGAGUAUUCAACCUCCGCAGUUAAGCCCCUCUAUCAUUUCAUUCAUUUGAUUUGAAAUUUGUUGCCGGAGCUUUUCGUCAUCCAUUAUCAUGUAGUUCCCGUAAUAGGACAGCGGCCUUAGUCGAGCCACAAUCUAUUUACAGCUUGUCUUACCUGAUGGUAUUUACAGAUAUUCGCAUUUGUUAUUAUGUACUAUAUAUUGUACUAACAUAUUGGAAGUGACGAUAACAUCUGAUUAUACUCACCUCUCAAGUGGCCUGACAAUAAAACAAGGAAUAAAAGCGACGUUUCACUAAUGUGAUCUUA